AUGGCCGCCGAAAGAGUUGUCUGUGUCGAUGUCGACGGCGGCGAGCAGGAGCAGCAGCAGCAGGAGAAGGAGUUGCAGCUGUCUGACCUGCCCAAUGAUGCUUUGCAGAGCAUCCUGCUCCGCCUCCCAUCGCCGCCGCGGUACCUGGCGGUGGCCGCCGCCGUCGCCAGGAACUGGCGCCGACAGAUCCUCGGCAACAGCGGCGGCGACGGCAGCUUCCUCCGCGCGUUCCGCGGCGCGCACGGCGGCGUCCCUCCCCUCCUUGGCUUCUUCUGCAACAGGCAGGGCUUCUCCUGCCCGUUCUUCACCAGCACGGCGGCGGGCGGCGUGGCGGGCAUGUCCCCGCCGGCAGGGACAGGGAAACGCCGGCCGUUCGUCCACGACGCGCGCCACGGCCGCGUGCUCCUCGACGACGGCGAGGACGGCCAGCUCCUGGUCUGGGACCCUCUCACUCGCAGCCAGGACGUGAUCCCCACGCCGAGGUGCUACUUCACCAGCAACGAUAGCUGCGGCGCCUCCCUCAUCUGCGGCUGCGAAGUACACGCCGGCGCCGGCGACGACGACUGCCACUGGGCGGCGUUCCAUGUGGUCGUCGCGUUCACCGAUCUGCCAUGCUUCUGUCCGGACGAGUGGAACCUUGACCGCAUCUGCGUGAGGGUGUGGAGCUCGGCGACGAAGGAGUGGAGCGAGGUGUACUCCAUGAGAGGCACCUGCGACUUCGAUUUCAUGCCGAGCGCGUUCGUCGCCGGCGCCGUCCACUGGCUGGUCGGCGAAUCCAGCGCCGUCCUUCAAUUCAAUCUCAACACGAAACAGCUCGCGUUGAUUCGGACGCCGGUGGACUUGUCGGAAUUCAUGCUGUUCCCGACCAAGGAUGGGAAGCUAGGAUUCACCGGUGUGCUGGGCUCGCACAUCAUCUUCUUCCACAUGGAUAUCUCUGGCGAUGCCCUCGUCGGCGAAAGGGUGUGGAGUAUCCAAAACGUGAUUUCGAUCGACCACUUCUUCCCAUCCAAUGUCAAUGUUCUUGCAACCUGUGGACUUGCAGAUGAUUCUGAAGAAGAUGAUGAUGAUGAUGACGACGAUGAUACCAUCUCUGAUGAUGAUGAUGAUGACGACGACGACGACGAGAAUAGAGGGAUUCAACGAACAAUGCGGCACGAUAACGAGGCCAGUGGCAGUCAGUGCCUUGGAUCGAGUGAUCCAUUGUCUCAUGAAGAUUUUGACAAGGAGAACAAUUCGUUGAUCUCGAUGAUUAGCCCAAACGUAGACGUGAUCGGGUUCAUCGCGGAGGCAAAUGCAGUUUUACUGCAUGCCGCUGGAAGGGGAGUGUAUACGAUUGAUGUUGAGACAAAACGCACCCGGAGAGUGGCUGCUAGUGCCAAUUACAGCCAUGUUUUUCCCUACACCAGCUUCUACACCUCAGCUGGGAAAACAGUCUUCGGUGAACCAACAUUCCCUGAUCGGAAGAACAAGGGUACAUCAGGAUCAGGUUUCAAACUUUUACAGUCAUUUACUAAUUGGGAUGGGGACGAACUGAUGCUUCAGGUGAUGCUGGACAGUAGACAGAUGGAGGCCUACCGUGCAGCUUAUGUUCAGUUGCAUGGGCCAGACAGUGAUUGGCGUACCUCUCCUAUUGAUCCAGUGGCUGUUCACAUGGCUGGUGGUGGAAAAAAGCAUGGACGUUUCAUGAUCGAGGAUGGAUUCAUUGACUCAACAACAGUCCUCGGUGACUGUUCACCUGAUGAUCCACGGCCUCGUAGAAGAUCUAGGACAGAUCAGGACAACACAAAUCAGAUUGAAGACCUUUUGCGGCAGCUACAACAGGAGCGUGAGGCCAGGGAAAGAGAGCGUGAAGAGAGGGACCGUGAGAAGGAGAGGGAACAGGAGAAGGAUCGUGAGCGUGAAGAGAGGGCAAAAGAGAAGGAGCAGGAGCGGAAGGAGAGGGAGCUCGAGCACAAGGAGAGGGAGUUGGAAAAGAUAGCGUUUCAACGGAAAUCAACAUAUUUUGAAGCUGCUUUAAGAGCGAUACAAAGUAAGCUGAACAUAGACCUGUUACCUUCAGUCUUAGCUCCCUUACCUGUCAUGUUGACUCUCCUAACUUUAUCUGGUGUGGCUUGGACUGGAAACUCAGGCCCUGAACAUGUUGGGGCUGGUGCUGUCUCCGGUGCAAUUGUGAACAUUUAGCACACCGCAGCAGACAAGAUCUGAAGAAUAUUAGGAGUGUUUUGUAUAGCUGAAAAGAAUCGACUAGUUAUACAUGCCUGAAACCAUGGAUGUGUUUUGUAACUAAACUGACCUCGAUGGUCAUAGCCAUGAAGUUGGUCAGCUGUUGGUUGUGGCUGUCAUACUAAGUAGUCUUUUCUAGUUAAUCACCUAGGUAUACUUCACUAAGUCUUACCUGAACUUAAGUUUAUAUGGAACUCUAGUAGCUGUUGGCUGUGUCUGCUGCCUUAGGUUGGCUGUCUGUUGCCUUAUGUACUGUAGGUCAUAUGUGGGUAUUCACUGUAACUUGUGAAUUGGAAGUUCGGUACUUUUGGUCAUAUAUGCUGGCAUACACUGCAA